UAGUCAUGUAGUAGGGAUGGAGAGUCAUAGUCAGCAACAGUAAAAUUUACCAACUAAAGCAUAGGUGAAGAAUACUACUGUGCGUUAUGCUUAUGUAAGUUUAUGUCUGUAUCCAAGCACAAUCAGUGAGGUAAGGUUGAGGCCCCCGCUUUUUGAAAAUUCUCCUGAAAGGAUUACUAUGGUAUGCAAAAUCUGGGCGCUGCAAAGUACGAAGGGAACAAAAGAUCACCAUGAGACUGGGAUGAAAAGGAGGUAACAGAUAACCAUGUGCACCACCACAACAACACAUUGAACAUCUACAACUUUGUCAAGAUUUCAUGAACUGUGCUGAUUUGAAAAAGUAAGAAAUUGCCGAGGGUGAAGCAAAAUGAAAUUGAAUAUUGAUGGGCUAUUGGUGUAUUUUCCCUAUGACUACAUCUACCCAGAGCAAUAUUCAUACAUGUUGGAGCUAAAGAAAACACUAGAUGCAAAGGGCCAUUGCCUGUUAGAAAUGCCAUCUGGAACUGGCAAAACAUUGUCUUUGUUAUCCCUAAUUGUGUCAUAUUUGUCUAACAACCCACAUCACUUAACAAAGCUGAUAUACUGCUCAAGAACAGUGCCUGAAAUUGAAAAGGUUUUAGAAGAGCUUAAAAAGCUGUUAAAUUAUUACGAGAAAGAAGAUGGCACACGACCCAAGAUUACAAGUUUAGCAUUGAGCUCAAGAAAGAAUUUAUGUAUACACCCACAGAUUGGAACAGAAAGAGAUGGGAAAAAAGUAGACAGUAUGUGUCAUGGCCUAACAGCUUCAUAUGUCAGAGCUCGUCACAGAGCUGACAAAAAUAUACCUGUUUGCUCAUUCUACGAGACAUUUGACGCAGAAGGGAGAGAAGAGCCUAUACCACCUGGUGUUUACAACUUGGAUGACUUGAAAACUUUUGGCAAGGAUGCCAACUGGUGCCCAUAUUUUUUAGCUCGUUACGCCAUUACUCAUGCAAAUAUUGUGGUUUACAGCUACCAUUAUUUGCUUGAUCCGAAAAUAGCCGACCUGGUUUCCAAAGAAAUGGCUAAAAAUUCUGUCGUUGUGUUUGAUGAAGCGCACAACAUUGACAAUGUGUGCAUAGAAUCGAUGAGUGUCAAUAUAAACAGAAGAACUUUGGAUCGAUGUCAUGCUAAUAUUGAAUCUUUGUCUUCAACAAUACAAGAGCUGAAGGAGAAUGAUAAACAAAGACUUAAAGGAGAAUACGAGAGACUGGUUCAGGGUCUAAGAGAUGCAAACGUGGCGAGGGAAACAGAUAUGUAUUUGUCAAAUCCAGUUUUACCAGAUGAAAUUCUACAAGAAGCCGUGCCUGGAAAUAUUCGCCAAGCUGAGCAUUUCGUUGCAUUUAUGCGAAGAUUUUUGGAGUAUUUAAAGGUGAGGCUCAGAGUGCAGCAUGUAGUUUCAGAGACUCCGCCAUCGUUUCUACAACAUAUUUUUCAACAAGUUUGCAUUGAUCGAAAACCACUAAGGUUUUGUGCUGAAAGAUUGCGUUCAUUACUUCACACACUGGAGCUGCCUAAUAUUGCUGACUUUGGGCCUUUGACUCUGUUAGCAAAUUUUGCUACACUAGUCAGUACAUAUUCCAAAGGAUUCAUCAUACUGAUUGAGCCUUUUGAAGAUCAAACCCCAACAAUACCUAAUCCAGUAUUGCAUUUCAGUUGUAUGGAUGCAUCGAUUGCCGUGCGCCCUGUUUUUAACAGAUUUCAAUCUGUUGUUAUUACGUCUGGAACAUUGUCGCCAAUUGACAUGUAUCCAAAGAUACUCGAUUUCAGGCCAGUCAAUAUGGCCACAUUUACGAUGACGCUGGCAAGAUCUUGCAUCUGCCCAAUGAUUGUCAGCAAAGGCAACGAUCAAGUUGCAAUCAGUUCCAAGUUUGAAACAAGAGAUGAUAUAGCCGUUAUCCGUAACUAUGGAAAUUUAUUGGUGGAGCUUUCUGCUUCAGUUCCUGAUGGCAUUGUGUGCUUCUUUGUCAGUUACCUCUAUAUGGAAACAGCUGUUUCUAUUUGGAAUGACCAGGGUAUCAUUGCAAGCAUACAGAAGAACAAGCUUUUGUUCAUUGAGACACAAGACGGCGCUGAAACGAGUUUAGCUUUAUAUAAUUAUCAAAAGGCAUGUGAAAAUGGGAGAGGUGCAAUUUUGUUAUCUAUCGCAAGAGGAAAGGUUUCUGAAGGAAUUGAUUUCGAUCACCAUUAUGGAAGAGCUGUCAUUAUGUUUGGCAUUCCAUAUGUAUAUACGCAAAGCCGGAUUUUAAAGGCCCGACUGGAAUAUUUGAGAGAUCAAUUUAACAUUAGAGAAAAUGAUUUUCUAACAUUCGACGCUAUGAGGCACGCAGCUCAGUGUGUUGGACGUGCCAUCAGAGGUAAAACAGAUUAUGGCGUUAUGGUUUUUGCUGAUAAACGAUUUUCAAAAGCUGAUAAAAAGGGAAAGUUGCCAAAGUGGAUUCAGGAGCAUCUCAAAGAUGCCAACUGUAAUUUGACAACUGAUGAGGGUGUCCAGGUAGCAAAACGGUUUUUACGACAAAUGGCCCAACCUUUCAACAGGGACGAUCAGCUCGGUUUAUCAUUGCUUACCCUUGAACAAUUAGAAUCUGAAGAGUUCCAGAAACGGAUUCAAACAGCAGCGCAGGGAUAAAUCCACGUAUUUUGAGAAACACAAGUCCACGUAUUGUGUCAAUGUGAAAUGCAUUAGGCCCGUGUCUGCAUCGUUCGCUGAUUUCAGUGACAUUUAUAGAGUUAGGCUCCAGCGUAAUCUCGCAAGUUUCAUGACGCCAAACCUAGACGUCGCAAAAAUAAAGGUUUUGUACUCAUUUCUUUCAAAAGGAUAGUGAGAAUCAAUGAACAAGAAAAGUAAUUUGCUGUUCCUCUAAAUUAGGCCGUAAAUAUACCCCAUUUUUUCUCGUAAUUUCCACUUUUCAAUUAUUUCUUUUGAAUUCAUACAUUUCAUUUGCUAAGUGCAGCAAUACUCUUGGAAUCAAUGAACUGAGCUGAUGUUAAAGAUUUGACUAUGUGUAUCAAUCUUUGAUGUAUUGGUCUUGGUAAUUUACAGAACCCUUGUAGACCAGAAAAGUUGUCCUAGUCUUGAAAUUGAACCUGAUGAGUUUAUCAAUAUAUUCAAUUUUGUAAAAUAUCUAAAACUGCCGUUGCUUAUUCACCUCGCAAGUAGAGUUCUAAAGUGUGACGUCACCGAAAACCUAUUUUUAGAAUUCAUGAAUUCUAACCAUAUAACAUAAAAUAUCAUCAUGAAAUACUUCCAAAUAUGCAAAAGUAAUCAAAUAUGUCUCAGAUCGGUCGAGCUUUUGCCAGUGAAAGAUUUAAAGUUUACCAACGAAUUACUGUUAUUUUGGCUCUGUUCGUAAAGUUAUGAACAGGGACCACAAUACAGAGGUUGAUGGGGAAAGAGCCAGUACAGACGUGGCCAUAUCUCAGCCAAUUCGUAACACACUUGAAUGAUUUUGCAUAUUUAGAUGUAUUUUUUGAUGCUCUUCAAGGCUAUGGGAUCCAAAGUAAAAAAUUCUAAAAUUAUUUUUGUGACGUCAUCACUUUAGAACUCUAUUGGUAUGCUAUAGGUUAUGAAAUCAAGACGCUAUUCUGUAGUAAAAGGAUUCUGUUUGGUUAAUAAAAUAUAUUGGCUAACCGAAAAGUGCGAAUUUUAAAUUCAAGUCUUUUGUCUUUUGUCAAGUCUUUUCAAGUCAAACUUGCAGUCAGCUGUAUCUGAAAAUAGUAUGAAUCGCCGUCAAAUGAAAUUUCAUUUAUUCUUUGUAUGCUAGAGGUAUUUCAUAGAAAUAUGUUUUCAUUACUUUUGCUCAUUCCUAGCAUCUUUGCUUGGAUAAGAUUUUGAAAUGGAAAAAAGUAAGCACUAGCGAGCAGUUAUUUAUCAGGACCAAGUGCUUGUAUAAUUAAUUUUGUCUGUUAUUAUGUCAUCAGAAUAUGGCACAAGUUAGCAUGACUUGAAUAAAAGCUUAUGCUGUAGUUGUGAAGUUGUUUAUUUUGUUUCAAUACACGUUUAAAAGGCAGUGUGUGAGCACGCAACACUUUUUUUAUAAGAACAAUUUUAUAAGAACAAGAGCCUGAAAAUUGGUAAAAAAUUAAGAACAAAUUGAGGCUGCACCAGUGUAAAAUGCAAAUUUGAACAACGUUUCAUCUAAAAAACGAGGAUUUUUAGCUAUGUGUGGGUGCUUUUUGGGUGAAUAAUCUAACUUGUCGGCAAAUGAAGGUUGCCUCACUCACUUUUUCGCAAAUGAGGCCUGAACACCUCUCUUGAGCGAAAACGCUAGCAACUACAUUGCUUACAUAUACCCUACUAAUUCUAGAACAAAUUAAGAACAAUGCAGCCUCAAAUUUUCGAAAAAAAUUAAGAACAGUCAGCCUGGAUUUAAAAUUACCG